AUGAAGGGGAGGAAUGUGCCAUUACUAAGGCUGGCAACCCCAUUGAAAUUGUUCACAUUCUUCCAUUCUCGAUGUGACAUUUGCGAUCUCCGAAGAAUUGCCAUGCCUAUGACAUCUAGGAACUCUAGAACCUUUGGCCUGAGGACCAGGGUGAGAAGUUCGUGGUCUCUAUUCCCAAGAGGAAUAUUUGGCGGGAUUUUUGCGGCCAUCUAUAUUGGUGCUCUAAAAAUUGGCCAGAGCUGGGCACGGGGCACCGAGAUUGGUUUUAUUUGCUACAAGGGUAUCAUGAGCCGGAACCGGCGAAAAUCACGUCUCAUCAGAGGCAUACACCUGGACGCGAAGAAGCUGCGAUACCUUCUCCAGUUCAUGCAGCAUAGCGGCAGCCCUGAUGGAGUUCAGUGGACUCCUGAUAUCCCUUUCGCCUGCAUCCCUAGGACCUUCGAGAAUGCCAUUACUACAGGACCAGACCCUAAAGGAUGGCCGUUAACAGAUCUUGUGUUACUUGAGAUGCAACAUGUGCUUAAUGCUGUUGCAUCCCUAUUUACUGGGUCUGAACCCAAUGAUUUCGCCUAUUCGGAUCAAGGUUCUCCUAAAAUGGCCAUAGCCUAA